AUGGGCCCGACGCUCCAGCGCCAUCCAUUUUCAGGGCUAGUUGAUUCGGCAGGCAUAGUUCACCAUCUUUCGGGUCCUAACGCGUGCGCUCGUGCUCCACCUCCCCGGCGCGGCGGGCGAGACGGGCCGGUGGUGCGCCCUCGGCGGACUGGGAGAGGCCUCGGGAUCCCACCUCGGGCCCCCGCGACGGGGCCCUUCACCUUCAUUGCGCCACGGCGGCUUUCGGACGAGCCCCUGACUCGCGCACACGUUAGACUCCUUGGUCCGUGUUUCAAGACGGGUCGGGUGGGUAGCCGACGUCGCCGCCGACCCCGUGCGCUCGGCUCCGCCCCCCGAAGAGAGCGGCGUGACCGACGAACCCCCCCGGCCCGACGGCGCGACGACGCCCGGGGCGCACUGAGGACAGUCCGCCCCGACCCCGGGACCCCCCGAGGAGGGGGGGGAGCCGUCCCGGAGCCGGUCGCGGCGCACCGCCGACGGUGGAAGUGCGCCCGGCGGCGGCCGCAACCCGACUCCGGGAAGACCCGGGCCCGGCGCGCCGGGGGCCGCUACCGGCCUCACACCGUCCACGGGCUGGGCCUCGAUCAGAAGGACUUGGGCCCCCCACGAGCGGCGCCGGGGAGUGGGUCUUCCCCGCUCCCCAAGAAGAGCUCGCAUCGGCAGCCGAGGGACACCGCGGCGUCCCGCGGGCCGGCGCCGGAGCGGGCGCCCCCGGGGUGCGGAAGGCGGAGGAGAAAGAACGGAGACGGAGGGCGGGAGACGCGGGAUCGGAACCGCGACGCUCGCCCCUUCGAGGGGCGCGGCCGCCGCGCGAGCCCGGCCAAACCUCGCGGGCGCGUGCGGCGCGAAGACGCUCCCAGACGGAGCGAGCGGCGGGACGCGUCCCGGCGAGGAGCGGAACGGGAUCGAGGGAAGCCGACCGGCCCGCGGGGGCGCGACCCAGGGCCGGACGCGUCCCCCGCCCCCACCCCUCGACGCCUGGACCUCACGAAGGGUUCCCCACCGGCCACGGCCAGGGGAACGGAGGAGGCGCGGGGAACAGGAAGGGAGGGAGAGAGCGCCGACGAGGGCGGCUCGCGAGCGGGAACGGAGGAGCAGGGGGGAAACAAAAAGGACCCGAGGGAACGGGGCGGGCUCGCAAGCGAGGGACGCGCGCGGAGGCACGACCGCCGCACGACCGCCACCGACGACGACGCCGGCACACGAGAGCUGACGGCGGCACAGUCCCCUUCUCCACCCGCCGCCCCCGGAGAGGUGGCGGGGGAACGGAGAGGGGGGUUCGCCUCGGGCCGGCCAGCGAGAACAAGGAAGAAACACACCAGGAAAGCGGGUCGGGACCGACAGACACGGGGCCCGCGACCGACGACGCACCGGCGAACCGGGCACGCGGAGGCGAGCCCCACGGGCGCCCGAGAGGGGGCUCCCGAACCCCGACCGCGGCGUGCCUCGGGAACGGCCACCCGCCGCGUGAGGAACGGGAGUCCGAGGGAGCCGCCGGACGCCGACGGCUCCCUACGGGCCCCACCGACCCCCCGACCCCGGGGACGGAGAGCUAGGUACCCGGACAGGGGGCGGGGGCGGAGACGCGAGAGGGAGGACCGCCGCCGCGACGACGCACCCGGUCGCGCACCCUCGCGCGACACCGGCUCCGUCCGGCACGCGCGCCCGGGAGCCACGGCGAGAGGCCGCGCGGGACGCCGACGCGGGGCGCUCCCCUUCCCCCCCGACGGGGGGGACACAGACGCGCACCACCCCCCAGAAACAGAACACGGAAGAGCCGGACGGGAAAGAGGGGACACACCCGCGGGCCGCUGCGGUGCGGUGAGGCAGCAGCGGGAGUUGGACGGAGGAGAGCGAGAGCGGGAAGAAGAGCCGCCGUCCACCGUGAGCCGCCAGCGGCGAGCCGAACACGGGUCCCCGGACGGGGCGAGGAGAGCGAGCGAGCCGAGGGAGCGAGCAGCGCACGACGGGACGCGGACGGACGAGCGGGAGAAGAGCGAGCGGGAGGAGGGCGGCGGGUGGCCGGAACCGAGAGAGGCCACCCGUCGGGAACCGCCGAGCCGCCGCGAGACGGACGCGCUCCCGCGCGACGCACCGCGCCUACUGACCACGCCGCGGUUCCAAGCCGGCGGCCGCGGGCGGGCGCUCGAGAGCGGGUGCGGGGCCGCGACCGGGAACCGGCAGAGCGGGAGACGACACACCGCGCCAACGGGCUUGGCGGGAGAGACGGGCGGCGGGCCACCCCCCGGACGAGAGGCGGAGGCGGAGGGGACCGGGACACCGCGAAAAGCCGGGCCGCGCGCGUGCUCGGAAACGCGGCGGGAGAGGCGGGAGGGGGAGAGAGGCGACGACACGCAGACGGUCUUCCCCUCGAGGGACGGGAGGGGGGACGCCGCGGCCCACGACGCACGGACGGGCCGGACCUCGGGGACGGGGAGAGUCAUCGACCGGAGCCCCCACCGUCGCCGCACCGGAGGGAAAAAAAAGCACGCAAGUGGGGGGUAUCUCACCGCCAGGCACCCAACCCGGUGCGGUGGCGGUUCCCCACACGAGACGUGCCUUCCCGGAGGACGACGACGACGACGGGGCCGGAAGAGUCCCCAGACGCACCUCGGACGGCGGACCCACCGCCACGCCGCAGACGACGGACGUCCGCUAAGCCUCCUUCCCUCGCGAGGUUCCCGAAACGCGCGAAGCCCGCCUCUCUCGCACCCUCUCGCACGGACCCACCGCCGAGACAGACGCGCCCGCCGCCGCCGAAGGACCCCCCGGCGGCGACGGGCCCCGACGCGUCCGGCGACGCGCCGGGAGACGACCGACCGCCGUUCUCCAAAGGCCGCACCCGAGAGAGAGGUCACGACCCCGCAAAGCCAGAACCGGAUCCCCGGCCCCGAGGAGGGACGGGUCAACCGCUGCUCCCCAACCGUGGGAACGCUGCCGGGGAGGGGGAGCGAGGCGACUCCCACACGGCACACAACACGAGCGACGCACGCACGCGACGCGCGCAGCGAGGCCGCGGUCCGCGGGAACGGCAAAGACGGGGAAGCGCGGGAGGGACCGCACGCGGCGGGCACGGACGGCGGACGGGUGGGACCCGGGAGCCCACCGCCACCCAGCCCCGCUCUCUUCCCUGCUCGGCUCCGCGCCCCGACCGAGGCGCGUACGCACCCUCGGGGGAGCGGGGGAUCGGGGUCCCGCGGCACUCGGGCGCGCGCACACGCGGCCCCUUCGUUCCCCGCCACGGGUAACACGUCCCGGGCUCCGGCACGACACGCCGGCGUCACGACACGCUCUCUUGUCCCGCGUGGUUCCUCCCCGGACUCGGAGCGAGGAGGCGCGGGCCGCAGUGGGCGACACAAACGCUCGGGUUUCCCCCCCCAAAGACGGGACGCGGCGAGGGGCACCCGGCCGAAGCUACGCGCAUCGGGAGGUCAGGGCGUGCUGGGGCGACCAGGCGGGCCGACGGGAGACCCCAAGCACGCCCGCUCAUCGGAUCGCUAG